AUGAGCAGUCUCGACCUUUUCUCGGUCCCUUCGACCGACUACACGUUGCAGGGCUACAAAAUGGUACCCUACCACAAAUUGAGUGCUAGCAUCACGCCGAUGAAGUUCUCGGUGCAGGCCUUGGAAGAUUACGUGGAUUUGAAUCGCAGUUAUUUCGUCGUCGACUUGCGUUUGUCCACGUCGGGUCAGAACGGUAUCGUGGCCGAUGCCAAUUCGGCGUCGAAUGCCAACAACACCAAGUUCACGUACGCCGUCAACAACCUGGCCCACACCAUCUUCAAGCAGAUCAACGUGCGGUUCAAUGGUACCCUGAUGACCGAACAGACCGACACCUAUCCCUACUCGGCCUAUCUCCAGACCCUGCUCAACUACAACCGCGACGAUGGAGCGACCUUGCUGGCCCCUCAAGGUUGGGUCAAUUUCUUGAACGUGACCCCGACGCUGGCCGCCGCGGGCGGCGACGACGACAUCAGUACCACAGCGGGCUGGGCUCACAAUAACGAUAACCUGCUCAAGACCUUGACGACCCCUUUCCGGGGCAACAACGUGGUCCGGAUGAUCAUGCGGCCGUACCUACCCGUGUUCCACACGGGCAAGAUCAUGGUGCCCGGGGUGGAAAUGAAUUUUGAGUUCCACUUCCACAGUCCGGAUUUCUACACCUUUGCGACCCUGACCAGUGGCACCGGCGUCAAGGCGUACGUUCGGUUGCGAGAAGAAGAUGUGGACAUCACCUUGCAUUUGUGCCGCCUGAAUCUCAACCCGGAUGUCUACGGGUCCCUGGAACGGGAACGCAAGCUCAAAGAGGCGGUGGUCAAGUACCCGGUGGUGAGUGACCAGAUUCGCACGUUCUCCUUCAACGGGGCCACCACCGUGUGGAUGGAAGAUAACCUCUUUCUGGGGAGGGUCCCCCAGCGCAUGAUCGUGGGGAUCUUGGACAGCACGGCGUUCAAUGGGACCAAAGAAAAGUACCCGUUUGCCUUCCAGAGCAAAGGGGUGACGUCCAUUCGACAGUUUAUCGAGGGGGAAGAGUACCCGUACGUCACCCUGGAAUUCGCCGGCAAUAAUACGCUGAAAGAUUGGGAAGGGUAUCGUCGCUUCUUGGACGCGGCCGGGUCCGUGGCCAAACAUCGCGAGUUUAUGGUCAAACCGGACGAGUGGGGGCACAACAAGAAUUGUACCCUGUACAUGUGGAACAACGUGCCCAGCGGGAACGCCGAUAGCCUCAAACUCAAUCCCAAGCAGACCGGCAACGUGCGGCUGGAAAUCAAGUUCCGAGCGGCCCUGAACACCAACAUGACCAUCUUGGUGUGGGGCGAAUUUGAAAGCGUCAUCUACAUCGAUCACCUGGGGGCCGUGACGUAUGAUAACAAAACGUAAAGGAUCACAGGGUGUAGUUGGACCAUGGAACUGGUGGCGUUGAGUGAUCGUCAAUUGAGAGCCUUGGCGCUUUCCGACCCCGAGUUGAAGCGCGUGUUCCAAGGCGUCUAUCCCUCCGAUCGAUUGCCCGCGCACCCGCCCAAGACCACCCGAGGCGCCUACAUCGUCAACACGGACCCGGCCGGCGACCCGGGCCAGCAUUGGUUGGCGCUCUGGACGGACCAGGGGGUGUGCGAAGUGAUGGACAGUUACGGCUUGCCGUUGACCGUCUACGUGGCCCCGGGCUUGCACGAGUGGAUCACGAAGCAUUGGAAGUAUGUGGUGCGUACCGACAGGACGCUGCAGGCCUACGACAGUAUGGCCUGUGGCCACUAUGCCUUUACUUACCUGCAAGACCGCGUGCGUGGACGGACCCUGCUAGAGUAUGUGGAAAGUUUUCGAGACGGAGAUUACGUGUGGAACGAUCAUCGCGUGGGGGAACGCGUCCGGGCUUGGAUCCAGACCAAACUGGACGAAGCCACCAUGGACGAACCCGAUGGACCGGACGCCCAACGCUGUCUCUCUCGACGUUGUUUUGUGUCUUCAUUAAACGAGUCUUAACACUUUGAUCGAGGUGUGUGUUUUUUUGGUGGGUCCCACAAGGGAAAGACGACGACCAGGGACGGGUAUAUAAAGGGGAUGAGGGGAGGAAGGGAAAUGGGUGCGGGGGGCUUCCGCGCGAGCGGUCGGUCCGAUUCCCCAAGGGUUCUCUCCCGACCGGUGGUGGGCACGUCCGGUGUUCUCUACAAAAUAGUGCUACCCUGGGACUGAGUUGACCGAGUCUGGCCGCGGGGGUACCCCGUACUCAAUCAAGGGGCUCUUAGCUCAGGGGGUAGAGCAGCGGCUUUGCAAGCCGUAGGUCAUCGGUUCGAGUCCGAUAGGGUCCACGCCACGUCGUCGCGGGCGCUCCAUAAAACACCGGUGCGCUCGCGGCGACGUGAUUUUUUUUGGGUGAGAACAUGAUCACGCGCCAAGAUAAGCAACGCGUCCUGGAAGCCUUGGACGAACGCCUGUGCAUGGAACUGUUGCUGAACCCGGUGGACGCGUUGUGCAACACCUGGGAUUAUGGCCACUAUCGCACCUUUCGUCGAUUGGUCUGGGCCAACGAUUGGCCAGGGUUGGCUCGGGCCUUGGACGCGUGCCCGGAAACCGCCGUGGUCGAGACCAUGCGGACCCUGAUAAAAGAGGCCUCGCCGCGAUUGUACGCCAUGGUGACAUCAUGAUUCGUCAUCCCUGCAACACACUGGUGGGCGGCCCGUCGGGGUGCGGGAAAUCGACGUGGACGCGCGGGUUGUUACGCCAUGCCGACGAACUGAUGCACCCCCCGCCUCGGGUCAAACAUUAUUGUUACGGGGCCUGGCAACCGGCUUUUGACGAGAUGAAACAAGAGAAGGUGCAGUUUCACGAAGGAUUGCCCACCUCGGAGGAGUUGGACCAAUGGUUCGGUCCCACGCAAGGGGGGCUCUUGGUCUUGGACGAUCUCAUGGACGAAGGCGCCAACGACAAACGCGUGUUGGAUCUCUUUUCCAAGCACUCGCAUCAUCGGAACAUUAGCGUCCUGUUCUUAUGCCAGGAUCUCUUCCCACCCGGGAAAUUCGCCAAGACCAUUUCGCGCAAUGCCCAUUACAUCGUGGCGUUCAAGAACCCGCGGGAUCAAGUGGGCAUGCGCACGUUGACCCUGCAAGCCUUUCCCAACGACUGGUCACACGUGAUGAACAUCUUUCGCGAAUGCACGCAACGCCCGUUUGGCUAUUUAAUGCUGGACCUGCAUCCCGCGUCAGACGAUCGGUACCGUCUCUUCACCAACGUGUUACCGGAGGAAGGACCGACGGAGACCUAUGAACGCCAAGCAUGA